GAAAGUUGUAGAAAGAGAGACAGAGAGGAGGCAAACAAAACAGAGAUAAAGAGACAACCUGACUUAACUUUCACACACAAACAGACAAGCAGGUGGCGGACCUGACCUGAAGCUGAGCAGACACACUCAUUCAGCUUCACACAUAGCAUUUAUUCUCUGACGCUCUCUCAGACGGCAGCAGCAUGUUUCGGCGGAGGCUCCCUCAGGCGGUGCGCCUGCUGACGGUGUGCGUGUGUCUAGCGCUCGCCUACGACGAUAAUAUCGAGGUUGACUACGCCGAUUCCUACUUCAAUGAAAUCACAGAUGGAGAAACACCUGAACCCACGUUGAGUCCAGCCCCAUGCAGUUCUCCAGACCUGACCAAGUGGGACAAAAUCUUCUCCAUGUUGGAGAACAGCCAGAUGAGGGAGAAUAUGCUGCUGGUGGAAAUGGAGUCACUACGUGGUGAAAUGCUAAGGUUUGUAGCUCAGUAUGGUGGGUCCUGUGGGGCUGCAGUGGAGACAGCAGGAAAACGGAUGGCUGUGCAGCUGGAGGGUCGUCUAAGACAGACUCUGGAGCACUUCAAACUUGGAGAUCCGAACUCUGCUGCUGGGAAUUCAGUCGGGAAUAUGAACCACCUGAAAACCAUGCUCGAGCAGCUCCUUUCCACAGCACGAGCACAAGCAUCCCGACUCGGCAAGCUGGAGAGCAGCUGCUUUGGCAUCCCAGGUUCUGGGAAGGGGAUGAAUACCAAGCCUGGGUUUCAGCUUCCAGGGGGUGGAACGCUGGCGGACCGUGAACAAGAGGUCACAUCAAGAGAGGCCUCUUUAGAUACGACGCUCUGCAAGGAGUUAGGAGUUAGAGCUGAACUAAUAGAUGUGCUAAAGUCAUCCAGUCAAAGAUACUUACCUGCAGGCUGUGAGAUGGCCCUCCUCUUCCCAAUGCGUUCCCGACGAAUCUACACUGCCAUCUUGCCGGAUGUCCCCCUCAGCCUGUCCUCCUUCACUGUCUGCAUGUGGGUGAAGCCAACCACCAUGUCUAACAAAACCGUGCUGUUCUCCUAUGGAAACCGGCAAAACCCAUAUGAGAUCCAGCUGUUGCUCGCCCAAACCUCAGCUCUUUUCACCAUUGGAGGAGAGGCCCAUCUGGUAGAGGCACAGGGUGUGGUUAACCAGGGAAAAUGGGUCCACCUGUGUGGGGCUUGGUCCUCCAACCGGGGCCUGGCGACCCUGUGGGCGGAGGGUAAGAAGUUGGCCUCCACAUCGGGAGUGGCCGAGGGGCAUGUCUUACCAGAUGGAGGCUCUCUCCAGCUUGGACAGGAAAGAAAUGGCCCUCUGACAUCAAGCGGUGGGAGUGGCGUGACAGGGUUUGAAGGAGGGUUUGAUCCCAAGCUGGCAUUUGCUGGGAAGAUGACGGGGGUAAACAUGUGGGACAGGGUGCUGUCAGAGGCGGAGAUCUCCCUGCUGGCUUUGAGUGAAGGUCAGGGCUGCCAGCAGGGGGGGAACAUGGUGUCCUGGGGCGUCACAGAGAUGAUUCCACAUGGAGGCGCUCAGUUCAUCUACUGAUUCUUAACCCUCAUGGUGGAAGUGUCAUCAUAUUCAUUUUCUUUGUGAAUAUACAAAACAAUGUAAAAAUAUUUCAUGCUGAAACUGAAGACACAACCACUCUUGUCAUCUUUGUUCUCAUACUUUAAUGUUUAAACUUUUUUUUUUUCUUCAAAGACAUUUUCUGUGUCAUAUUAAAUGUUUUUAUCAUGAAUGUGAAUGCUGCAAUGAACUCUGCUGGACAAGUAUAAACAAGAGAAAGUCAAUGCUGUGAGAGACUGAAGUCUACUUUGUAAAAUAUCCUUAUGUACACACACACACACACACACACACACGCACACACACACACACACACACACACAGUUCCACAUAUUCAGCUUCAGAAACUUGCAUUGUAGCAGGAAACAUGCUGCAAGCAGCAUUCACAAUGAUUUAAUUAGAGUGCAAGAAAGACAAAGAGUCUUUUGUUAAGCAGAACAAGUUCUGAGCCAGUAAACAGAGUAAUCACCAGACAGACCUGUAGGAGAGGUAAAGAAGAGGUCAUGGACAAUAAAAAGAGAUUAUCUCCUAAUUGUAGGAUGAUGUAGUUUUUUCCCUUUUUCUAUCAAGGUUUGUGCAGAAAUGGCAAGUGUAGUCAACUAAAACAUCCAUGUUUUCUUUGUUCUCCUAUGUUUGCAGUCCUGUAGGUACUAUUAUGAGGCAUAUAAUUAAGACACUGCAGGCAGAAUUAAUUUUAUAAUGUAUUAAUGAUGUGUUAAUGAAUGUCAUGUUCAGAAAAAAUAUGUGUUCAAUAUUUCCGUGACUAAGAACUGCUGUACUUGCCUUCAUUUUAAACUCUUAGAAACUCUAGAGUUGGUCUGUGUUUUUUUUAUUAUAUUUUUAUGAGGUUGUGAAAGAUUAAAAAAUAAGACAUUACAAAGCUAAACUUGUAAUCAUUUAUGUGUUUACAUGCAUGUGUUAAGUUUGAUUCCAUUUCUUGGUUAGUUUUUGUCAGUAGCGCUCAUAUAAUUUUUAGUUUGUGUCUUUUUUAUGCAAAAUGUAGUAAAACUGUUGUUUUCAGUUUUACUAAAAGACAGUGAGGGCAGUGUUUACAUAGUCGAAACCUUUUAAUGAACUAAGUUGUAAAUUGCUUUUAAACUUUGUGAAAAGAUGAAACUGAAUGUAAUUUGCACAGAAAUAUAUAUUUUUGCAUAACAUAAGUGUAUGUGUAGAAAGUGGGAUAUGAAUAAAAAACCCAAGUUACACAAU